GCCCUAAGGCAUUGAAGCUUAACGAUUAAGGCAAAGCAUCUCUUAUUCUUACAUACAAAAUGGUGAUGUAUUCUUCUCAAGCAGCCUGGACUUUACUAGUGGUGGCACUAAUUCUGCCCUUGGCUUAUGGAGAUGGUGUAUUAGACAUUGCAGGGACACCUGUGGUAACAGGCACCGAUUACAAAAUUCUACCUGUGAAUGGCGGCGGGCUUUCAUUGAAGAUGCGGAAUAACAGCUGCCCAAUGUACGUAACUUACAAUAACAAUGACGAUGGUCUUCCUGUGAUUUUCACGCCUUAUGAAUAUGUGAAAGCAAUCGCCGAGGAUGUCGACUUGGAGGUGCAAUUUUCUGCGGCUACAAUUUGUGUGCAAUCUACUCGGUGGAGGAUCAAAUCAGAUUCGGAAGUGAACAAAGAUUUUAUUUAUACAGGAGGCUCAUCUUCCUCUUCUUCAGUUGAUCUGGAUUACUUUAGGAUAAGCAAAAGUGAAGGAGAUGGUAGCAAUGUUUAUGAGUUUUCUUAUUGCCCUAGUGUGUGCUCAACUUGCAGGCCCGCAUGUGGGUCGCUGGGAAUUUACACCGACGAAGAUGGAAACCAGUGGCUCGUCAAAGAUAGUGAGAUCGAUCCCCUGAAAGUGCAGUUUCAAAGAGCAUAAGUCACAUUAUUAGGGUUUGAUGUUUAUAAGUAAAUAGAAUAAAAAAGCCCUGUGCUGGAGCUUGGAAAUAAGAGCGCCUCCUUGUGCGCUGCUGUCAUUCAUUUCAUCAAAUUUAUGACUGAAUUAUAUAAAAUCUACAGAGAUUGUUUUAAGUUAUAUAAUGUGCAGGACUAGGUUUGACUUAGUGUGAACAGAAUAGUUU